AUGCCGUCAUCAAAGAUCGCCCCAUCCGUCCUCGCGGCCGACAUGGGGAACCUGAAUCAUGAAUGCCAGCGAAUGAUGGACAUGGGUGCUGACUGGUUGCACAUGGAUGUGAUGGACGGGCAUUUCGUACCGAAUAUUGUGCUUGGUGCACCCAUUCUAUCAUCGAUAUCGAAAGCAGUGCCGAAUAUCUUCAUGGAUUGCCACAUGAUGGUUUCUGACCCUGCGAAGUGGGUGAAAGACAUCGCAGCAGCGGGGGGCAAGUCAUAUACAUUCCACCUUGAAGCAACAGAUGACCCGAUGGAUGUGGUCCGACAAAUCAAGGCGACAGGCAUGCGAGCUGCAGUAGCAAUCAAUCCUGGCACUCCUUCCAGUGAAAUUUCGAACGAGCUCGGGAAUGCGCUUGACAUGAUUCUCGUCAUGACAGUAUGGCCUGGUGCGGGAGGGCAAAAAUUCAUCGCAGAAUGUAUGCCGAAGGUCACAGAGCUGCGUGCGCGCUUUCCGGAUCUAGACAUAGAGGUUGAUGGAGGUGUAGGGCCAAAGACAAUCGACACGUGUGCCGAUGCAGGUGCCAACGUUAUCGUGGCAGGCACUGCAGUAUUCCACGCUGAAAGCCCGCAAAACGUAAUCCACUAUCUGCGAACAAAAGUAGAUGAAGCGCAAGCGCGAAUCAAGUUGGAGCGAGAAAGUGCAACUUCAGGACAGGGCACUGCAUCGCAAGGCGAGGUUGAAUCGGCAAAACAUGGGAUUCAGCAUGGUCGCGGGGUGACCCCAUGA